UCGUGUUCUACUCUUGCUGAUGAGGUGUACGAUGAAGAGUACCUGGGAAGAGAUGCUCAUCAGGGAUACAGAAGGCAGCGGUCCAGAGAACUAACAGGAACAACAGCUUGAAGCUCCAGAAGCUAGUGGGGUAGAGAGAAAACUAGAUGUAGGAGAAAAGGCAAAGGGGAAAAAGGAAAAAGUAUGGCAGCUGGGAAGAGGAGAGGUGGAACAAGUCUCGAGUCCCAUUGUAGUCCAAGUUCUAAUUCAGAUGCCGAAAAGUCUCAUGAGCAACACUGUGCACUUUAUGGAAGGUUUACAUAUAACCAUUGUUACUUUCAAUUUAGAGCCCAGGGGUUUAUAAACUUAUUUUCUGUCUUUUUACAGUGGUCUUUCUUCAUCCUGGAGUUUCCUUUAGCCAGCUUGUGUCUACUUACUUCCUGUCCCAUCCCCAUCCAAAAAUCAUACACAAACCUGUUAUGCAGCUGUGCCCGUGGGCUGGUUGGGGAGUGGAGGCGGACUAGCAGCACUGCCUGCAGCAGGUGGAAAGUGGCAGUUCCUGCGCAUACUCGAUACACAGCCCCAGAGCCACUGAGCACUGGACAGUCCAAGUUGCUAAACAGGUGGGCACACAGCACUGAGGGCAUCUGGAUCUGCAGGGAGUUUGGUUGUGACAAAAGGUAGGACAAGUCACAAUGCAUGGACAGGUUCCAGCUUCUCACUGGUAGGGUGACACUUGCUCCCUGUUCCAAAUCUAGAUGUUAUGGUUUCUUUGCCUCACUUUGCACCUCCUGCCCAACUUACCCCAUGUGCUUUGCCCCAGACCCUUUCUACCACUGUUCUAGACAGCAGAAGGCAGCAGAUAGCCGAGGCCCCCAAAUGGAGAAGGAUGUAGAGCAGGCGGCUACAAGAAGACUCUGUGAGAGAGGGCCGCCUAGAGUGGCAGCAGCUGGUCCAGGAAACAGGACCACAGCAGGACACCUGGGAAUAGAGCAGAUGUAGGAAGCAAAGGUGGAGCUUUGCAAGGGAUGGUGUAUACUGUGUGGGGUCAAAGGUCAAAUUACAAACCCCUCCUUCCCAUCGUCAGGUAGUGAGUUGCUUCGGACUGCCUUUACUAAACACUACUAUGAUUUUUCAUCGCAAGAACUUCAGUAUAGGCAUGAACCACCUACAUUUACCUAACGUUUGCGCUGUGGCUGGGAAUGUGGGAUGAGAGGUUUACCAGUUAUCAGGCAAAGAGCCAGGUAUCUCUCACCAAACCAGCGAUCUAAGGGCAUCUUCAAGUCUGUCUCCUCAAAUGCCCUCUCACCUGAUAAAAGGGGUUUUUCGCUUUGACAUCGCCGACUCCAUCAUGCUGCUGUGCAAGGCCCAGGGUGGUGCUCUGGCCGGUGACGGUUUUUGCACCUAUCAUUUGUGAUCCAGAAGUUAGGCGUAGAUCCAUUACUGGGAAAACGGAUGAAGAACAGCAGCCUCUCAAGAUUUUCACCCAUUGGGCGGUCGCUGUGCUGGGCUAAUAAUCACUCAGUCUUAAGGCAGUAGAAUGGGCAUAUCAGAAAAUGAAUACAGAUCAUUAGAAAUUGGUAAAUGCAAAUACCCUUGUGAAGAUGCCUUCACCGGGCUUCGUAUUCGGGAUCAUUCAGACUGUUUCCUGAGAUUAGGAGCAGUUGGCCUAUCUGGUCUGGGGAUUAGGUUUUUUAAAUUGGUUUAGGAUUAGCUGUGGGCCGCCUUGGUUGGUCAGAACUCUGUGUGUGUGUGUGUGUGUGUGUGUGUGUGUAGGGAUUGUUCUUAGGUGAAGAAAUAAGGCUGUGCAUUUGGGUGGUGUGGGUAGUGAAUAGAUUAGUAGGAGACUGCAGAAAAUACAAUUACGCGUGAGUGUGUUUAAGGAUUAUUCUUAGAUGAAGAAGUAAGGUUGUGCAUUUGGAUGGUGUGGGUAGUGAACAGAUUAGUCGACGGAGACUGCAGAAAACACAAGCCGGAGAGGUCAAAAGCAAACGACCCUCUUAGCCAAAGCUUCUCAAGACAGGCACAAAGGUGUGGUUCAGAGCCAGCCCCGCCCCAUAUCUGGGCGGAAGCUGAGGUUUGCCGGAAGUUGUGUAGCGGCAGCCUAUGCGGCGGCGCGGUGAGAUCGAAAUGGCGACCGAGGGAGAUGUGGAGCUGGAGUUAGAGACCGAGACCAGCGGCCCGGAGCGGCCUCCCGAGAAGCCACGGAAACAUGAUAGUGGUGCUGCUGACUUGGAGCGGGUCACUGACUAUGCGGAGGAGAAGGAGAUCCAAAGUUCGAAUCUGGAGACGGCUAUGUCCGUCAUUGGAGACAGACGGUCCAGGGAACAAAAGGCAAAACAGGAGCGGGAGAAGGAACUGGCGAAGGUCACGAUCAAGAAGGAAGAUCUGGAGUUGAUAAUGACAGAGAUGGAGAUCUCUCGAGCAGCAGCAGAAAGGAGCUUGCGGGAACACAUGGGCAACGUUGUGGAGGCUCUUAUUGCCCUAACCAACUGAUAAUGUGCAUUUUCAGAUAUUCUGGACUGAUUACUGAAAUAAAGUGUUUUGUUGUUCUGUU